ACGCGCGCGGGCCAUACACUCGCGGGUACUCUCUUCUCAACUGCACUGAAAGAAUCAGUUCAUGAGAUGAUUCCAUUCAGUUCGUUCAUCCAAAAGAUCCGGUCGUCGACAACAUAACACUACUGGGGAGGUGCGCGUGUGCUUCGUCACGCAGGAGCUUCUGCAGCACCGUAGCGCAAAAACCAACAGUGGCACAUGUUUGUUGCCUGAGCUGGAAUCCGGUUGUGUCGUGUCUCAGUUAAAUAUUUGAGCUGUUGCAGUAACAAUGUGUUCAACUGAGAGUUUUAUAGAGUUGGUCAUCCAGAGACUAAAUGCUGCUGCUGAGGAUAUAGUCGGAUUAUAUGAAAGAACUGUCGUCCAGUACGAGGAAGAGAUCGAUCGUCAGUGCAGACUGCUGGAUAUCACCAGGAAACCCGAGAUAAAGUUACACAGAACGGAUGUUUUUGCGCGCACAGACACAGCUGUGAGUUUGAGAGAGUUGAUCAUCGAGCGACUAAGUACUACUCCUGAAGAAAUAGUCGGACUCUUUGAAAGAACUGUCGUCCAGUGUAAAGAAGAGAUUGAUCGUCAGCGCAGAUUGCUGGAUGCCACCUGUGAACCCGAGAUAAAGUUACACAGAAUAGACCUUCUACAGCAACAUGCCUGCACAACAGAGAUGAACUCCAGUCUGGGCCAAGAGGAACCUCCACAGAUUAAAGAGGAACAGGAGCAACCAGAUCCUCCACACAUUAAAGAGGAACAGGAGGAACCAGGACCUCCACACAUUAAAGAGGAACAGGAGGAACUAGAACCUCCGCAGAUUAAAAAGGAACAGGAGCAACCAGAUCCUCCACACAUCAAAGAGGAACAGGAGGAACCAGAACCUCCACACAUUAAAGAGGAACUCUGCAGCAGUCAGCAGGGAGAAUGCCUUAUUCUGAAUCUGGAGACUGAGUCCGCACAGACGAGCAUGUCUUUAGCAUGUGAUGUCUGUGGAAAAGGGUUUAGGCUAAAUUGCAAUUUGAAGAAACAUUGCAGAAUCCACACAGGGGAGAAACAUUAUGGUUGCACAGUAUGUGGAAAGAGUUUCAAUGCCAGGAGUAGCUUCAACGUCCACAUGAAGAUUCAUACAGAUGUGAGGCCAUAUUCUUGUGAAACAUGCGGGAAAGCCUUCAAAAGACGACCUGAUUUAAAGCUCCACAUGAGGAUUCACACAGAUGAGAAGCCAUAUCCUUGUGAAACGUGUGGGAAAGCCUUUAAGGGAAGAUAUCAGUUAUAUCUCCACAUGAAGAUUCACUCAGAUGAGAAGCCGUAUUCUUGUAAAACGUGUGGUAAAACCUUCAAAAGACAAUCUGGAUUAAAUAUCCACAUGAGGAUUCACACAGGUGAGAGACCGUAUCCUUGUGAAACAUGUGGUAAAACCUUCAAAACAAGAUCUGAUUUAACUUCGCACAUGAGGACUCAUACAGGUGAGAGGCCAUUUCCUUGUGAAACAUGUGGUAAAACGUUCAGGCAACAAACUCAAUUAAAAGUCCAUAUGAGAAUUCACACAGGUGAGAGGCCAUAUCCUUGUGACAUCUGUGGGAAAACCUUGAACACUAGACCUGCUUUAAAUAACCACAUGAUGAUUCACACAGGCGAGAAACCAUAUCCUUGUGAAAUUUGUGGUAAAACCUUCAAAACAACAAAUGAUUUAAAUGUCCACAUGAGGAUUCACACGGGUGAGAGACCAUUUCCUUGUGAAACAUGUGAUAAAACAUUCAGGCAACAAACUCAAUUAAAAGUCCAUAUGAGAAUUCACACAGGUGAGAGGCCGUAUCCUUGUGAAAUGUGUGAUAAAGCCUUCAAAACAAAAUCUGCGUUAACUACGCAUAGGAGGACUCAUACAGGUGACAGGCCAUAUCCAUGUAAAACGUGUGGUAAAACAUUCAAAACACAUUUUUACUUAAAGCUCCACAUGAGGAUUCACACAGGCGAGAAACCAUAUUCUUGUGAAACGUGUGGUAAAGCCUUCAAAUGCCGAUCUGACUUAAAUACCCACACGAGAACUCAUACAGACGAGAAGCCUUACCCUUGUGAAACAUGUGGGAAAGCCUUCAGGCAACAAAGUAAAUUAAAAACCCACAUGAGGAUUCACACGAGAGAAACCCUGUCCUUAUGUAACAUGUGAUAAAACUUUCAAGACAAGAUAUGAAUUCAUUGUCCACGUGAGGGCUCACACAGGCGCUAAAACUGAAGGAACAUGGCCAAAAAAAACAUUUCUAAUUCUAAUUCUCUGGUCUGUCUCUCACACAUCAACACACACAAUCUAAUAGUUUAAAUGGGUUUCAACCCAGAUAAUUGUCUGCAUGUUGCUUACUUGAGUUCAGGUCAAGUUCCGUCCUGUUUACUUGAGUGAGUGAAUGAGUUAUAAACUUUCUCAGUCAGUGCAUAUUAUUUCAUGUGCGUCUGUUCCAUCUUUCUUUUCUGUAUCAAUGGAUGUUGUGUACCAUGUCGUUAUGACCUUUUUACUUGUUCUAUGUGACCUUUUUACGUAAACAUUAAAUGACGUCUGUUUUCAUCUGAAUAAAUUACAAUAGGAAACACUGAAUAAAAAAAAUUUCAAAUUCUGUUCAAA